AACAUCAAAAGGAAUAUGCCAGUUGUGCCAGGUCCUCUCUAGGACAUGGUCUCCACUGAAUUUCAGAAAAGCAUGUGACACACAGAUGGCACUCCUGUUAGAGAUGAGCGAAUGGGAAACUUGGAAAAACCAAGGGUGAAUCUUAGAUGGUAUGUACAAGGCACGGUCAUCCUGAGUGAGUUCGGGAGCCUUGGAGACAGGCUUGGGGACACACCCUCCAGGCCACAGCCCAGGGAAAGGCAAUACUGAAUGCUUCACAACCUUCGGAGAUCGCCUAGCAACCUUCCUUAGGAAUUCUGUCUGGCCCUGAUUAGAAAUCUGGAAUCAAGGCCCCAAGAUUGAUGAGUUUGCCUUGGGAGUCAUUGAAAAGGUGAAACCAAAGGUCAACAUGGGUCAGAAGGUCACGGGAGGGAUCAAGACUGUGGACAUGCGGGACCCCACAUACCGACCUCUGAAGCAGGAGCUCCAGGGUCUGGAUUAUUGCAAGCCCACCCGGCUGGACCUGCUGCUCGACAUGCCCCCCGUGUCCUAUGAUGUCCAGCUGCUCCACUCCUGGAACAAUAAUGACCGUUCGCUCAAUGUCUUCGUGAAAGAAGAUGACAAAUUGAUCUUUCACCGGCAUCCGGUGGCCCAGAGCACAGACGCUAUCAGGGGCAAAAUUGGGUACACACGUGGACUGCAUGUGUGGCAGAUCACAUGGGCCAUGAGGCAACGAGGCACACAUGCUGUGGUGGGGGUGGCCACAGCGGAUGCCCCUCUGCACUCUGUUGGGUACACAACCCUCGUAGGGAAUAACCACGAGUCCUGGGGCUGGGACUUGGGGCGCAACCGUCUCUACCAUGAUGGCAAGAACCAGCCAAGUAAAACGUACCCAGCCUUUUUGGAGCCGGACGAGACAUUCAUUGUCCCUGACUCCUUUCUUGUGGCCCUGGACAUGGAUGAUGGGACCCUGAGUUUCAUUGUGGAUGGACAGUACAUGGGAGUGGCUUUUCGGGGACUCAAGGGUAAAAAACUGUAUCCUGUAGUGAGUGCCGUCUGGGGCCACUGUGAGAUCCGCAUGCGCUACUUGAACGGACUUGAUCCGGAACCCCUGCCACUCAUGGACCUGUGCCGGCGUUCGGUGCGCCUAGCUCUGGGAAAGGAACGCCUGGGUGCCAUCCCCGCUCUGCCACUACCUGCCUCCCUCAAGGCCUACCUCCUCUACCAGUGACCCACAUCCCAGGACUGCCACACGACAGCCACCUGGUGCCAACUCACCGAGCCGUUAGGGUCCACUGACCCCUGCGCCUGGGAUGGAAGCCCACCUUCAGCCAUGGGCAGACAUGUCUUCUCAUCCUACCAGCCGCCUCUGCUAGGUGGACCAAUGCCAACGGACUUCUCUCCUCCCUUCCCAACACUGGCUGAAGCAGCAGCAGCAGCAGCAGCAGCAGCAGCGUCCAGGCCCUUCCCUGAACCAGAUGCAGAGAAUAAACGUCUAUGGAAGCCUCUGUCGGGCCCCUGUCUGCUCUCACGUGGAGUGGGCUGCUCCCCACCUGGCGGACAGUCUGCAGCCACCUGAGGGUCCUGGGAGGUGAGAUUAGUGGGAGAUGCCAGAGCUCCAGGGCAGAUUCCCAAAGCAGGAAUGGUCAGGACAAGGCACACAGAUGAAGCUCAGGAUGUCACAUACCGUGGACACUGAGGCAGAACCCCAGGUUGGACCUCCCUUGGGCCAAGAGUGCUCGGCUUCAAUGUCAGCUGUUGGUGCUCCAUGCCCUGUAUUUAUUCUUGAAACAGUAACAAAGGCCGUUUAUUUAUUCCAUUUAGAAAGGAAACGUUGUUGGGUCACUUCCCUUGGUGUCUUCUGUUGCUCCCUCCCCGCCCCCUGCCACCUCCCUGGAAUGUGUGUGCCACACCUGCCCCUUUUCCCAGGACAUGCCUGUAGCAUAUGAACUGGUGUGCACAGACAUAAGUGUGUCAUUGUGUAGAUCCUUCGACCCAGUUUCCAAAGGGCUCUGCACCAGCACCAGAGCAGGCCCCAAGGAGAAUUAUUGGGCUGUGCAAGUACCUUGGGCAUUCCUACACCAUUGCACGUGUUUGAGUCUCUUGUCUUCCAUGAGUUUUGAAUUUCACACCUGAUUUUUCUGGUGUUUCCUGUUGGCAUCCUCAGAGCUCUGGGCCUGGUUGAGUGGAGUGUCCAAAGCUAUAGGCAAAGCAGUGUGAAAGAGACCAAGAGCAGAGUGGAGCAUCAUGAAAGCCUGCGCCUCUCAGGCUCAAGAGCCACAGGGAGCAACACUCAUCAUGACCCCACCACACCAGCCUCAGGCCUCAGGAGUGGGGUGUUAAGACAGCAGGGAGAUGACUGCCCGUCCCCAGCAGCACCGUCAUGGAGCAUUCCAGCACCUGCUCCUGCUCUCCUGCCCUUUCUCUUACUUUGAAAUCAACUCCCUAAGUUGGGAAUGUAGCCCGGUUGGUGGAGUACUUGCCUAGCAUGCAGGAAGCUCAGGUUCCACCCCCGUACCGAGGAAAAUCAGGCACGGUGAAACACCCGUGAUCCCAGAAGUCAGGGGGUGGAGGCAGGGGGAUGAGGAAUUCAGCUACAUGGUGAGUUUGUGGCCACCUAGUGCUAUGUGAAACCUUGUCCUUUAAAAAAAAGAAAAAGAAGGAAAGAAACCAACUCCCGUCGAGUGUGAGUUCUGCUCAUUCUGCACAGGUACAAUAGAUGACUUUAUGUUGAAAAUGUUUAAUAUAUUUACAUAUAUAUAUUUGUAAGAAUUGUUUUAAGCAGCUGCUGUAGGUACCUUUUUUCCCAGUCUUCCAGUGGAGUAUAAUUUUUAAAGCACAAAAUUGGUGCCAAGACUAGAUAAAGAAUGUAAAUUAUCCCCUUCAUAUUUUGAAGUUUUGAGGGUUUUUGUUUGUUUUGUUUUGUUCCCUUUUGGGGCCUUGUCAGAUUGUAAAAUUUCACUUGUUCCCGUUUUCAACUGGGAUCAUAUUCAGCUGUACGGAUCGCAGCUUCUCGUCUUGGUCCAGCUGUACAGCAUGGAAGCUGGUGAAUUGCCAGGCUCACCUGAAUCCCCCACACUCUGUCCCCAGGCCUCGCCACCCCUCCCUGCUGUCCCAUCAGCAUAAAGCCUCAUGGCAUGUAUAGUUUUGAAACUCCUGUCCUGUUCUAUUUUAUGAUGAUUCAUAACAGUAACCUAAUAAAGGAAAGUUUGUUAA